AUGUACGCUUUUUUGUGGUUUGAAAGAAAGAAAGGGACUACUAGUUCAAAGAUGGGUGUUAUUGGUUUUUGUGUUGAUCCAAAUAGGGUGGUUUUGUGUGGGAAGAGGAAGUUAAGGAGCUUGUUUUGGAGGGUUAGAGCAGAGAUAAGGAGACAAGUGAAGAAUAGGAAGUCCAAGCAAAGGCUUAGCUUCCAUUAUGAUCCUUUCAGUUAUGCUCUCAACUUUGAUGAUGGCAACUUUGGUUUCUGCUGA